GGAUGGUGGUGUUUAAGUAAGAAAGUAAGUUGAUCUUAAGGUAAGAUAGUGGUGAAUGCCGGCAGGUGGUAGCAAGCUGCUGUGUAACUAAUUCUCCAUCAAAAGGAACGCUGUCUAUACUAUGGUGGUGUAUGUACACACUCUCUCCCGGAUGAACCUGGAGCUAGCUACUAUAUAGAUAGCACGGAGCCCUGAGGUCGGUCGAAGAGGUAUAUACCAGGUGAUGGAGAGUACUGUCCCGUGUGGUCGUGUCGUGUCGUGUCGUCGCAGUGCUGUUCGUGAAGAGAAAACAAGAAUGGUCCUCUCAAUUGCGCGGGCAUCGUGCUGUAAAAUAGGUAGAGGCAGAAUGUGUGCGCGCGCAACUCUGCCGGAGGCCCCAGGGUGUUGUUCUGGGGGUUCAAGGAUUGUGUCCACCCACCUACCCAUCCACACUCGAUCCACCUCCGUCCAGCCACCAUCCACUCAUUCAUCCCUCCCAUCCAUUCCCCCAUCCGCUGCCCCAUCCAUUCCCCCAUCCGCCGCCCCGUCCACCGCCCCAUCCACCCCUCCACCCAUUCAUCCCAGCUGGCCAAACCUCCCCCCCUCCACAUCGUACCUUACCCCCCUCCCACCAUCCCGCGCCCAUCCCAGGCCCGCACCCCCUCCCACCCAACCCAUUCCUGCAAGCAACCAUGAAACUUCUGUGCGUUCAUCCCGACAGGCCCGCUGCGAUUUUGACGUCGGUUGUCCCCUUCCUAACUACUGUUCCUAGCUUGAGCAACUACGGUAUGUAACAAGUACCAUCGCGCUUGGUGGCGCCCAGGCUGAGUUUAAAGCGGCGGCUGUGGGAAAAGCUGGUGGAACGCACCACCCGGGAGUGGCGCGGCAUGCAGGAUGGAUGGUCCGUCUCAUUUGAAGCCACGACGUGGUGAAAGAUAACCUACCUGAGUAAGAAC